GGGAAAUUUGCAGAGAGAGAUGUGAGAGAAGAACAACAAAAUAUACCCAUAAAAGCAAGCGUUUGAUAACGUUGUCAUUCGCUUUCUUACGAUGCCAAAACAAUGAAGAAAGCCUGUUGACCCUUUUUUCAUUCUUUUUUUGGUUUUUGGUGUGGUUUUUGUUGAUUCUUCUUUCCAAGUUUCGACUUUUUGGGUGUCUUGUCUUCUUUAUCACAUAGCUCAGAUCUUGCAUUCAAAUAAAAUAUCUUAAAAUGGGAGUCAAGAAAAACCAAAUUUAUGACUCUUCCUCCUUUGACAUGUCUAAACCUAUGCGUAAGAGGAUUUAUCAAGCUUGGCAGGGGAACAAUAAAUUUUGUUGUGGUGGGAGAAUUCUGUUAGGCCCUGACGCAUCUUCACUUUUCUUAACUUCGUUUCUAAUUGGAUGUCCUUCGAUAGCAUUCUGCAUAAAGAUGUCGGUGAAUGUGAAGGAAGAUGAUUCUUUAAAUUUUCACAUAUUGAUUGGGGGCCUCAUCCUUACUGUUUUGGAUCUAAGUUUCCUAUUUCUGACAAGUAGUGGAGACCCUGGAAUAAUACCUAGGAAUUCAAAAGCAUCUGAACCCUCCUCUGAAGAAUCAAAGAAGUCACCGCAGGGUCCACCAUGUGACUGGGCCAUCAACAAAACAAACCUUAAAAUUCCAAAGGUGAAGGAUGUAGUAUUGAAAAAUGGUCAAACGGUUAAAGUCAAGUUUUGCGAGACAUGCUUGCUAUAUCGUUCUCCGCGUGCUUCCCAUUGCUCCAUUUGUAACAAUUGUGUGCAAAAAUUCGACCACCAUUGUCCGUGGGUGGGUCAAUGCAUCGGACUGCGCAACUACCCUUUCUUCAUCUGUUUUUUAUCAUCUUCCACUGCCUUAUGCGUAUAUGUGUUCUCGUGCUCUUGGAUCAACAUUCUUCGACACCCGCAGGGCUUAUGGACUGCCAUGUCUCGUGAUGUACUAUCUGUUAUUCUCAUUGUGUAUUGCUUCCUAGCUGUCUGGUUUGUUGGUGGCCUAACAGUUUUCCAUUUCUAUCUCAUUUGCACUAACCAGACAACCUAUGAAAGCUUUCGAUACCGUUAUGAUAAGAAGAAAAAUCCUUUCAACAAAGGCGUACUAAGGAACUUCAAAGAAGUGUUCCUUACAAGGAUUCCAUCUUCAGAGCUGAAUUUGCGGGCAUGGGUCUCAGAAGACGGAAACCUUUCAAUUAAAGAUGACAAAAGCAAUAAAUUUGACAUGGAAAUGGGACUUAAGCACAACCAGGAUAGUGCUAAAUUUCCAUCACAUUGGCAGAGGUUCGACUAUGAUGGUUUUGAUAAUAGUUUAAAGGGGAAGGACGGAGAGUUUGAUGAUAAACCUAAAUCCUCUUCGAAGAUGUAA